AUGAAUGUGAGCAGAGACAAGGUCGGUGACAUCUCCAUCCCGGCAGCGGCAGCGGCGGCGGUGACAGCCCCCGCGGCCGGCAUCGGCGGGGAGCCCCGCGGCUGCCACGGGGAAGGCAUGGACGGCCGCGGGGAGCAGCGGCUCUCGGCCGGCGGCGAGCUGCCGCUCUACUGCCCUGCCAACCGGGACAGGCAAGGGGACAGCCAGAGCAACACCCCCGGACAAGAGGGGGCAGUGGCCGCGCUGCCCGUGGUGCACAGAACCACCUCCUUCUCCGUGCUCGACAUCCUGGACCCUAACAAGUUCAACAGCAAGCGGCGGCAGUGCGCGGGCUUGUACAAAUCGGCGGGGACCGAGUUCACGCUGGGGGCGGAGGAUAAGCCCGAGGACUCAGGGACGGAACUGGCCGAGCAAAAGGCUCUCGCCGAAGAUUUCGACGCGUGUAAGAAGUCCGCAGAGCUGAUCAGUAAGGACGGCCAAGAGCUGCCUGUGAGCUCCGGCUCAGGCAAACAACUUGGAAGCGGCUCCUCCGGCUUCGGAGGGCUGGAGUCCCGGCCCCGAGGGUGCGACAAGCCUCCCUUGGUACCCCCACCUCGCCUGGGCCCCCCCAGGCGCCUUUCCAGCCGUCGGUGUUUGGUGGGUGCGCUGGUGGCCGUGGGAAGGGGGAACAUCCCCUAUCCCGGCCAGGUCUGGCACCGGCUCUUGCCGAAGGUGGGUGGCUCGGAAGGGGCAGUGCUGGCACAGCCUCCCCGGGCUGGACAGCCCCUUUCCGGCCGCAGAGCCGCAGUUCCGAGCCCCAUCCUCGCCGCUGCUGACAGCUCCUGGCACUGUCCCCCAGCCCAGCCCCGGCUCAGGGCGGCCGCAGCAGCUCCGCACCCGAGGGGCCCGGCCCGGCCGCAUCCCCACGGAGGGCGGAGGGGCCGAGGGGGCCGGGAGGGGCAGCCCCGAUACCCGGGCAGCCCUGUCCUAAGAGCAGCGGGGACACCGGGUGGGGGAACCCCCAGGGCGCCCCGGGGCCGCACCGGCGGGGCUGGGGGCGGGCGGGGCGGGGGCCGGGCCGGGCGACGAGGAGCCCUAACAGCGGCUGUCGCUUGUCCGCAGAGGACGGGGAGCUCUACAAGGCCGAGGAGUGCGACCUGGACUACAGCAGCCGGCCGAGCCGCAGCCCCGACAGCGAGCUGCAGGACGACGAGGAGCUGUGCAGCGAGGAGAGCGGCAGCACCAGCGGCAGCAGCGGCAGCUCCGGCCCCGCGGCGCCCGGAGAGGCCGAGCGGCGGCGGCGGCGGCGGGGCGGGGGCCGGGCUGGGCGGCGGGGCGCUGCCGGGGGGGCUCAGCCCCCUCAGCCACUCGCCGCCCAUGGGCACCCCGCUCUCCAUGCACGGCCCCGGCAGCUACGCCGGGCACCCGGCCGGAGGGCUGGUCUGCGCCGCCCAGCUGCCCUUCCUGCCCAGCCCCGCCGUCCUCUCGCCCUUCGUCCUGGGCUCCCAGACUUACGGCGCUCCGGCUUUCUACACCCCGCACCUAUAA